CACGCUGUAGACUGUUAAAUCAAGUUACUCUGAUCCCUUUACUGUCCUGUUUUCUCACUGUUAGCGGAUGGCAUGUCCACCAACGUUUACUAUGCUAUAUGGUGUUGGUUCUUGAGUUCACCCCCAUCAUACCAUUUCAUAUCAAUAACCUCAUGCCCACACUCAGCCACUGCCUCACACUCACUUCUACAUUGGUCAUCAUCUAUAUUCACACCUUGUAUCUGCUUUUCGUCAACACGUUUGAAGUCCACAAUCACAAACCUCGCCGACCAUGUCGCGCACGGUGGAAGCCGCAGCUGCACCACCCAAGAUCUCCUUCACCAGCUGGAUCCUGGGAGGACCCCUCGUCACUGUGCCUACAAGAGAAAGAACCCCAGGCGGCCGAUUGCCAAGCGGUGAUGCCGACAAAGGCCUCAAACCAAAAUACAAUUUCAUUGACGGCUCCAAACUGAAUGAGAAGAGAUACUACCAGAACAGGCGGGUGUCAAAGGACAAAGUCACAUAUACGAAGAAAGAUGCCGAGAAGGGGAAUAAGGAAAAAGAGCGAGAGGCUGAGACUCCGAAAAAGGCAGUGCCGAAAGAUGAAAUUGCGAAGAAGGAAGAGCAGAACAAGCAAGCGCAGCAAUCACCAGGAUGGACAAAGGCCCAAGACGAGAAGAUCCUUGCCAUGAAGAAGGUGGGAGACAGCUGGAAGAUGAUUGCCCAGGAAGUCGGCGCAUCAAAGAAGGACGUCACGAUCCGGUUUAAAGAACUCAGUAAGGCAGGCGAGAAGAGCGAUGAAAACGAUGAUCCCCUCCCAUUUGGUGAUAUGCCGGGAAUGUUCACUGAAGACGAACUGACCGAGGACUCUGAACCCCCAGCUAAACUUCAGAAGAAAGGCAAGGGAGAGAAGGGAGGAGGGAAAGGAGAUAAUGGGAGCAAGGGCAAGAAGGGCGAGAAAGACAAAGUCAUCGUUGACACAGUUGCACUGGAGGCUGAGCACGGAAAGAAAGUACUGGUUCCUGACGCCGUAUGGACGAUUGGUGACCUCGAAGUGUUGGCAAACGUGGAAGAGCGAUACAGAGAGCUUAAGUGGAUGCAUGUCCAGGCGGGCUUCUAUAACAUGACAGGGCGCAUGGUGGGGAGCGAGGUCAUAAAAGCUAAAUUUCAACAAGGUUGACUGACUGGGAUGGAAUUGGAGGUGUCGGACAAUUAUGACGUGCAC